AUGAGUCCUCUUUCUGUCCUGCUGGUGGGGAUUUUCUUCUCUUUGGCAGAUGGAGGACACGUUCUGGCCUUUCCAGGUGAGCACAGCCACUGGCUCAACAUGCGGACAAUCAUAGAGGAGCUUGUGAGAAGAAACCACAAGGUCACCGUUCUGGUGCCGGAUGCAUCGCCGUCCGUCAACUUCAACAGCAGCAGAGAUGCUGCUAAGUUCAACUUCCUGGUUUUCAAGGUUCCUUUCAGUAAAUCGGACAUGACUAGCUGGAUGCACGAUUUCAUUCACUUCUCCAUGUACGAGGCCCACAACUCUUCACUGCUGCGCCGCUUUCUGGUGCCGAUGACAAUCCUGAGUAAUUUUGCUCAGAUCGGGAUGCAGCAGUGUGAAGCCAUGCUGAAGAACAAGGAGCUGAUGGAAACCUUGCGGAACUCCGCUUUCGAUGUGGUCCUACAUGACCCCAUGGCGCCUUGUGGAGACCUUGUGGCCGACAUCCUCGGCCUGCCCCUCGUAGUUUCCAUGCGGUUCUCAUUUGGCAGCACGUUGGAGCGUGACUGCGGUCAGGCAUUGUUGCCGGCGUCCUAUGUCCCAGCGUCUCCGCUGCCGUACAGCGAUCACAUGGCGUUUGUUGAACGGUUAAUCAACAUGUUGAUGUACAUGGGGACGUCAGUGUUGAGCAGAAUUCAGUGGAAAAUGAAAAUCGACUCGUUUUACACUGAGGUCAAAGGAAGUACUAGCAGUUUCUGUAGCUCCAUUGGGAGGGCCGAGGUUUGGCUGAUCAGGACCUUUUGGGACAUGGAGACGGCACGACCAAUACAGCCAAACUUUUUCUAUGUGGGCGGUCUUCACUGCAGACCAGCCAAUCAGCUGCCAGAGGACCUGGAGGCAUUUAUGCAGAGCUCUGGUGAUGCUGGUGUGGUGGUGGUCACCUUUGGCUCCAUGGUAACCCAUCUGACACCAGACAGAGCUGAUGUCAUUGCCACUGCUUUGGGACGAAUACCACAGAAGGUCAUUUGGCGUUAUCGUGGCGAAACUCCAAGAACCCUGUCAGCAAAUACGAAGCUUUAUGAUUGGAUCCCUCAGAAUGACUUGCUUGGCCAUCCGCUGACCCGAGCAUUUGUGACACAUGGCGGCACAAAUGGUUUAUAUGAAGCUUUGUUUCACGGUGUGCCAGUGGUGGGUAUUCCGCUGUUUGGGGAUCAGCCAGAUAAUCUGGCCCGUCUGAGCCGCCGCGGCGCCGCAGUCGUUCUUCACUUCAAUCUCAUGACAGUGGAUGAGCUGGUGGAAGCUCUGCAUGCCGUAAUCCAUGAGCCAAGUUUCAGGUCAAAUAUGCAGCGCCUGUCUUCACUGCAGCAGCAACAGCCUGUGGCACCGCUAGCCACCGCUGCAUUCUGGGUAGAAUUUGUGAUGCGGCAUGGAGGAGCUAGACACCUGAGGCAGGCGUCACAUGACCUGUACUGGUUCCAGUUCUACAGUCUGGACAUUUUAGCGGCUCUGCUGCUAACAAUAACAGCUGGAUCUGCCCUCUGCUGGGCGGGGCUUCACUGCGUCCUCUGGCGCUGGAGAUGGCGAUCACCGACCAAGAAAAGGGACUGAAAGGCUCCCUUUCUUACAACUGAGAAUUAUUAAAUAUUACUAACAAAGAAUUACUAAAUGUAAAAUAUUUUUUUAUGAUUUUGAUUUUAUGAAUAAUUGGAUCAGUUUAGUCUUAACAAAAUCUAAAUUGCAGUUCAGGU